AUGAAACUGAUUCAGACAGUGUCAUUCCAGCAUCAAGGAAGGGGCCGAGCGGUGAUUGUUCAAGAUAAGAUUAAAAUUUGCGUGAUCGUCUCAUCUAUUAGUAAGGAAGAACGGAUUGAAGACCCAACUCGAACUCGAACGAAGGGGAAAAUCAAUAACGGCACACGACCACGACCCACGACACGUCUCCGGCACGUACUGCAGCUCGACCACUCGAUCAAUGUGAAGCUAAUGUUCUGGCAGUAUGACACGGAGCGCAUGCUCGAGGUGUUAUGGAACGAGAUCUCGAUUUACUAUACAUCACAUGCGCCUCGAAGGAUCAUACAGAGUAAGGCUCUUCGUCUGUUCAAAAUUCGAGCUUCGUUCGAAUUUCGAGCCUCGCAUGAACACCCAAACAGGGAUAAGAAUGCCCGAACGUCCAACUCCCCGAAAGUGAAUAAGAACACAGCUAGACAGCCGGCCAACCAGUGCGGCCAAUCAGGCAGCCCGUCCAAGCAGCUAGUCGACCAGUUAAAGCUAGCCGUUCGCCCGAGACGAUGGCCUUUCGCCCGAGGCGAUGGCCCUUGGUCGGAGACGAUGACAAUGGCCGUUCGCCCGAGACAAUGGACCCGAUACAAUGAGGAUGACGAUGCAUCGGGCGGGAUACAACGGGUUCGAGCAUUGUAUGAGCUCGAGGCCGAAAGGUGA